AUGUCUUCUUCACCUCCACUCCGCGCUCUCUCUCUUGAGAGCAGCCUCCAGUCACACGGCAAUGACAACCUCCCCGCUUCACCACCGCGCCAAGGCUCUGAUCGUCCUUCGCUCUCGCCUGCUGAUUGUCGCACUCUUGAGAAGAUCCUGCGCGACGUCGCCUCGCCCCCGGCGACUCCAAGCCCGGUCGAGCAAAACGACCAGCUAUUCCUUAACGGCCAUCAUGGCAUUACAAACGCAGCUGAUGAGGAAGAGGACUAUCAUUCUGUUGGCGGCGAAGCUACCGACACCGGCUAUGAGGACGAUGACGACAGCAUGGAGCUCAGCGAAGGCAUUGAGGAUGUCAUAGUUAAGAAGGCCAUCAUCUCACUUGGCGAGCCUGUCUCACCAUCUGCGUCCAAAUCUGACCGCCGCUUGCAAGAAAGCAUUUCGACGCAUGAUGAGAAGGAGAAGAUGAGGUACAGUAGCGGCCGCCGCUCAUCGACGAAGCGCGCAAAGGUGAAGCGUCCAGAGCAUGAACGCACCACACGACUUGAUGCCCUUGAUGCUCUUGGUGGCGACACCAUUGAAGACGUCACGACUAUUCCCGACAAUCAUGCACCACCACCACCACUACGCUCAUUAGAUAUUGGUCACAGCGACUCAGGCCGUCAAGCAGUACCUGAUGAUGUUCAGCAGCUCAACCGUAUGCGCCUCUCUAUGGGGAAGGUACUCGAACAGGAGCUUGUGGAGCAAGAGCAGACAGAGGGUAAGGAUGAGUCUUCUGUCUUCAAUACAAGCUCACUUGCGUCUGAAGACAAGGCAGAAAAUCCAUAUGAGUCUGAGCUCGAUGGAUUCGAUGCAGACAAUGAGCGGACGCAGCAGCGAUUCAGUCUCGGUAUCUCUGGAGCUCCACGCAGGAAGAUUUCACGAAUCCAUGCAAUAAAGCCCGAAGAGCAGGUAUCUCCUGCUAUCCCACAAACAAGAACAGCCGAAACAGCCGUCCUAGUCCCAAGCACGCCGACGCCUUCCGUCGAAAAGCCAGAGCCAGCCCAUAUGCAGAUCGCGACGAACCAGACUGUCCCCGAGACACCCUUCACCAAAACGCUGAGCUACUUCAAGCAACACAAGGGCGCCGAGAACUCUCCAUCAAAGAAGCGCCGCAACACUGCUUUGCUCAAAGAGAUCAUUGAGGUCGCCGGAGAUGUCACUAAUGUGGAGGUUAGAGUGGACAUCCCAGAAUGGGUCGAGGCGCAGCCUGUGAUGGAAGAUACAAGCUUGUCGACGGUCACAUCUGCUCUAGCGGACUUGGAGGCUAUGGUAGGGUCCAGUGACGUCGUUAAAGCAGCAGGCGCCCCUGCUCAGCAAGAAGAAGACUAUGUCCAGGUCACUGCGGUUGUGGAGCUGACAAGUGACAAGGACGACAUUGUUACAAAGCCAGCAAUAAGCGAAGAUCAGAAGCAGAUCAUUCUGUAUCCCCAACAUCCUGCAUUCAUCAACGUUAUCAGCAUGGUUCCAGCUACCAUGUUCUGGGCCACUGCUGCGCCGGUCGUCAAGUACACCGGCAUCGCUGUUGGACUGCUCAUCGACAAGCUGAGAGACACUUACCUCUAG